AGUACUCUACAAUAGAUUCAAAGUCAAUGAAUUGACCGCCCAUAACAUUAUCUUCUCAAAACCAUUUCCAUGGAAGCAAUGUGAGAAAGAAAAACAUGAAUUCUCUGUCACUUCUCCACAACACAAAUGCAACAAUCCCAACACACACUCUCCACUUCCACUCCUUCAUCUUCUCCAAACCCACCCCUCCCUUCAUCUCCCUCAAACCAAAACCCUCAACAACAAUCCAAUGUUGCAACAACAACAACAACAUCAUCGACAUAGACAUGGUAAAAACCAAACAAGGAACCUACGUACAAAAACAGAACAAAGUCGUUGUACUCUGGGACCUCGACAACAAACCACCACGUGGACCACCGUACAACGCCGCACUCUCUCUCAAAACCCUCGCCGAAACUUUCGGCCAUCUCACCGACAUCUCCGCUUACGCUAACCGUCACACCUUCACCCAUCUCCCUGAAUGGGUCCUCAAUCAACGCCGUGAACGCAAAAACCUCGAUUUCCUCGAACGUAAAGGUAUCAUUAAUCCCUCCGAACCUUACAUAUGUUCUGUUUGCGGUCGUAAAUGUAAAACAAACGUAGAUCUUAAGAAACACUUUAAGCAACUUCAUGAAAGAGAGAGACAGAAAAAGGUGAAUCGUUUGAAUUCUUUGAAAGGGAAGAAGAGACAGAAGUAUAAGGAAAGAUUUGUUAGUGGUGAUUCAAAGUAUAAUGACGCGGUUCGAGGGAUUUUAACGCCGAAAAUUGGUUAUGGUUUAGCGUCUGAGUUGCGGCGGGCGGGUGUUUUUGUUAAGACUGUUGAGGAUAAACCUCAGGCUGCUGAUUGGGCUUUGAAGAAACGGAUGAUGCAUUCAUUGGAUAGAGGGGUUGAUUGGUUGUUUUUGGUUUCGGAUGAUUCAGAUUUUAGUGAGAUGUUGAGGAGGGCUAAGGAGGCGAAUUUAGGGACUGUUGUUGUUGGAGAUGUUGAUAGAGCUUUAGGUAGACAUGCUGAUUUGUGGGUUUCUUGGGAUGAUGUUGAGAAUGGUGAGGUUAAGGAAAAGGAUUUGGUUCCUAAGAGUAGAGAGGGGAGGAGAAGAACAAAUGCAUCGACUACUACGACAAUGGAUGGUUUUGGUGAUGUGUUGAUUUUUCAUGACGAUGAGGAAAUGGAAAUGGGAGGAGAUUUUAUGUUGGAGUAUAGCGACGAUGAGGAUUUUGAUGUCGAUUCUGAUGAAGAAGAUGAUGAUGGGUUUUAUAUUUAUUGAUCCGUUCGUGUAAAUGAAGCUAGGCUUGACACAAAUUUGAGGUUUAAGAAUCAAUUGCUACCCAAAUUAAGGUUGAGUGAUGUUAAAAGCUAUGUAGCAUCGACACUAGUACAUUGAUCACGUUAAAUCACUUUUUGUUCUCUCAAAUGAUUAUUGUGUCGUGUCUAUGUUAGUGAUUCAUGGGAGGGAUUGGGAUAUAUAGUGUAAUGUUGUUUGUUAUUAUAUAUUUGAAGCAUAUUCGACUUUUAAGGGUUGCAGUGAUUUGCUUACUUUGAGGAAUGAAGUAAAUUUUUUCAA